UCGAGCAUCGGACACCGCCGCCUCUCGAGCCUCGGAUAUCAGUUGUUUCUGCGUCGGAGACAGCAGCGGCUGCAGCAUGGCUAACGGCAGUUCGUCCUUGGCACCCGGCAGUCUUGGAAACGUCAGCUCGGCGGCGGGCGGCGGGCGGCCGUACGAAUACCCAGAGCUGGCGGACAUCUGGGCCGAGUGGGGCCUCCUGAUCUGCCUCUACUCGGUCAUCCUCUUCCUGAGCGUGUUGGGCAACGUUCUGGUGAUCGUGACGCUGAUCCAGAAUACCAAAAUGCGCACCGUCACCAACGUGUACCUGCUCAACCUGAGCAUCUCCGACCUGCUCCUCGGCGUGCUGUGCGUGCCCUUCACGCUCGUCGGCACGCUCCUCAAGAACUUCAUCUUCGGCGGCUUCAUGUGCAAGAUCUUGCCCUACCUGCAAGCCGUGUCGGUGUCGGUGUCGGCCUGGACGCUGGUGGCCAUGUCGGUGGAGCGGUACUACGCCAUCUGCCACCCGCUGCGCUCGCGCGCCUGGCAGACCCGCAGUCACGCUCUCCGGCUGAUCGGGGCCGUCUGGACCGCCGGCCUGCUGGCCGCCGCGCCCACGCUCGUCGUGAUCCACCUGAUCCCGAUGGACCAUCCCGGACAAUUCAAAUGCCGUGAACAGUGGCCGACGCUGGACUUGGAGAAGGGCUACAUGAUCUUCAUCGACCUCACCUACCUGGUGAUCCCCAUCGUGGCUAUGUUCGUCACCUUCGUCUCCAUCACAAGAACGCUGCGUCGCGUCAUGGAGGAUGAGCAGGCUGGACAGCAGCUGAUUGAUCCGCCGCCCUCGGCGCUGAACGGCAGCACGUCCAAGGCAACGUUGGGCCAGUCGCGCAAGAAGCCGUCACCGGCGCCGCCCUCGCUGCGUCUGCGCCACAGCAACGCUGAGAGGUCACUGGCCAGCAAGCGGCGCGUCAUCAAGAUGCUGUUCGUGGUCGUGCUGGAGUUCUUCGUGUGCUGGACGCCCAUCUACGUCUUGAACACGCUGAGCCUGUUCAACCAGGAGGCGGUGUACCGUGCCCUGGGCAGCGCCGGCAUCAGUUUCUUCCACCUGCUCUCGUACACCUCCUCUUGCUGCAACCCCAUCACCUACUGCUUCAUGAACGUAGGCUUUCGACAGGCGUUCCUGGCCGCCUUCGGCUGUCGCAAGGCGCCGUCACGUCACGACCCGAACCGCGCCACCACUCACGUGGCGCUGCGCUCACUCUCGUGUAACACGGGCGGCAGCGACCUGGCGCCGGCCGCGGCCCGCAUCUAGGGUCGAGUGGCGGCCGCGCGUCGAGAGGGCGACCUGUGACGGUGCCCCUGCUGGAACGGGACGCGCGCGGCGGUCGCGUCGAUCAGCGCUGACCUGCCAGCGUUGGCUGGAGGGAACGCCGGCGAGGUGUCUCCCGGCAUAGGCCGCUGGUGUCAGGGACGCGUUGUGCACGUGGCACUCAGAAGGGGACGUGGAAUGGUGCGCCGUCGGCUGUCGCAGGGCCGCGCGUGUGAAGCUGACCCGUCACGGAAGCUGUGUCAAUGCUGUGCGGCAGUGCUGCUCGAGGGCUAAGGCGUCGGACAAUGGUAGAAGACACAUAGUUGCCGCCGCAGGUGUGUCCGGACUGCGGAGCGGCAGCGUCCAGAGCGGACCGACUCUCUCCUUCUCCAGGGGCUGCUCUUCCGUUUUCCGGCGUGCACUGCGGACCUGCUGCGCUUGUGGCCGCUCCGUGUGUUGUAACCUGAGUGGCAGAUUGCUCUAACAGUGUGCGUGGGUCCUUAUCCCGUCACCCGCUGGCCGUAGUGAACCCACCCUACGUAGCUGUUCGGCGUACGCGAUGGAUACCACGCUGCGGGCUGGAGAAAGGCUGUCGUUUUCCGUUAAGUUCAGUCGGCACUAGGGCGGCGGGUUCGACGCAGGAGACGCGGGAGCUAUGUUCGACCCGCGUCUCCGGCGCUGGAGUGUUUGCCCUCCUCGCCAGCUGCUGGGUUCGCUGUCAUGUUGUCUGACCUCUCUGAAUGGUGUGCACUUUCGUUAUUAUCCAGCCGAACAAGAGAACGCUCUGCUUUCCUGGCUGGGUAUUAGGAAGCUGUCCUGGCGUUGCACUGCCUUGGCAAAUGAGUCCGAAGCUCAAAACUGUAAAAUGUGGUCGUCGAUGGUGAUAUGAAAGCCAAACAAGACAUGCGCUCGAUGUUCACCGGGUGGGUUGAUGCCCAGCAUUUAGUACUAAAUUGAACAGGACAAUUCCUGCGUUAUGUUGCGGGGUGGCAUUUCGCAUGAAGGACUGCCACCUAGCAACAAAUGAUUUACAUACAUGUAAACACCAGAUGUCACAAGCCUAUUCACACCGUAGACUAUUCACUAGACGUAUUCACACUGUAUUUUUUCUUUCAGAAAGAGAAAUACGGCCAUUCAUAAUAGUAUGCAUGCAUAUUGAAACACAAUCUAAUAACUGCGUAAACACCCGUGCUGUUCAAACCCGCCCCAGCGGACCUUCUCAAACAAAUGGGCCUGGCACCUGGCUUGAGGAAAGUCGCAAUAAGCCGAAGCGGCGAGGCCGACGUGGUGGCCUCAGCAGUUCCGGGCUAGACCGAGUUCACGAGCGCUGCCACGGCCGGAAAUUGUUUGUGUCGUUUCUGGCGGCGGCCGGCACCGCACGUUCAAUUUAAUAGAGCUCCGCUGAUACGUAAUACCAGCAGAGAUUUAUCUGCCGUCGAAAGUAUUUGAGGCAGUUGCUUUCUUGUGGCCACACUGUUGUGGAAACCACACCUCUCCUGGUUUUUGAUGAAAGUUUGACGUCUAAUAGAGCGUUAGCAAAUGAUUAUUAAAGCUAGAUCUUCGUUCCUCCUGUUCUUAUUUUAACUGGGGUAAGGGAUAUUGAAUGCUAGGAGGCUGGUAUCUUUGCUAUUUGUGUGUUUUGUGUGGCAUUUUGCCCAUUUCGAACUGACAACGUGUUCUUGUGCAGCUCAGACAAGGUGAGACGUGGGUCCUACCACCAAAAAACUGAAGACACUGAAGACACUUAAGGACUCAGUCCCCAGCUAGGGAUUUAUUGUGUUGCAGAAUUUUUACCCGAUGACCAAAAUGGAUGUGAGCAGGGGCCCAUUUUGCAAUCAUUUCAUAAUUGUAUUCACAGAAUAUACUUUUUGCAUUAAAACCGUUGGUCAACACCACAGCUUCAAUAAUUGUACGAGGCAUCCAAAAUCAUAAACGCUGUCAGACAACUGCGUUAAUCAACGCUGCUCGUCAAAGCUGCUGCUUGAAACCUUGGAUUUUUCCUUAUUGGGAUGAUAACUUAUUAUUUAUGUCGCAGGGAGUCCAUGGUCCUAAUUUAAAUGCGGUGGAGGAUGAGAUGGUUACAGAAGUGCUUCCCCAAAAUAUUUACAGAUGGCAUUACUCAUGUGCAUGGGAAAUUGGGAUCAAGCCCCCAUAUGUGAACACUUAAGCCACUUUCUCAUCAAUCCGUUGCCAAGGAUAUUAUAUGAUAUGAUAUGAGGAUAUAUGGGAAAUGCCAAUUAUAAACUUCAGGUGCUGUUUAUUGGCCGAAAGUUUGUGUUAAAACGCAUAAAAUCUCAGUCAGUUGAUUAGUCAAAACUAAGCUGCUCCCUCAAACUGCCAAUUCGCGCAAGUGACAGGCGUGGAUCAGGCCUUUGUUAUUAUGGUUACGACUUGACCUAUUCAUUAGAGGGGGUAUCACUGAGCAGGCUUGCACAAGUGUGGACCAGUGUGGCGACCUGCUCGUUAGACAAUCACUCAUGCAUAGGAACAAUGGACACUUAUAGAAAUAAUCAUUUGAGGUUUACCUAGCACUACACUCUACAUUACGAGCCCACAUAGCUGGCCGUCCGUAUCCAAAAUGGUUAUGGUCACAUUCUGUGGUUGAGCUCGAGGCAAUGUCACAAAAUCACGAUCGAUUGCAUUAGGCUUGCCCGUUAACACAUUUUCCUACGAACCAUUGUGGCUGAGGACCCAACAUUCGCUAAUGAAGCACUCUAUGUAUUGCACAUAGCCUCCGUUAUCUCACCAGUCUUUACAAACGGAUAUUCUAGUCAAUAUUUUCAUGGCCCUGCUUAUAUUGCCGUCCCGCAACAAUGUACUUAGUAAAGAACGGUCCAUUUCGGUAGCCCUCCCACAUCAACAUGGGGAGACAUGUGGAGAGGUCCACCGAAAGGAGUUUGUUUCGAGCGCUUGAUGCAUCCACGUUCUUCGUGCGCAUGCGCAACUGUCCGCAGAGUGUCGUCAUUUUGUGGGUAACGUCGCAUCCUUCCCGCCAUAGUAAGCCUCGUACGUUCUCAUUGAUGUAUGA